AUGUCAGACAUCUCGACCUACAAGUUCAACCACAGCAUGCUGAGAGUCAAGGACGUAAGCACUCAUCCUCUUUCUUCUAGACUCGAGCUAACAGAAGUUCCCUACAGNCCUCAGCGAUCCGUCAAGUUCUAUGAGCACCUGGGCAUGAAGAUGAUCAACAAGUUGGAGAACCCCGACGCCAAGUUCGAUCUCUACUUCAUGGCCUACGACGAUCCCAAGUCGGUUUCCCACGCCAAGCACUGGUCAGACCGUGAAGGCCUCAUCGAGUUGACCCACAACUAUGGCGAGUUCAACUGGGUCCAUACCAAAGACCACCUGACUAACUUCACAGCAGGAACCGAAAACGACGACAACUACACAGUCAACAACGGCAAUGGCAAGGAGAACCGCGGUUUCGGCCAUGUCUGCAUCAGCGUCGACAACAUCCAGGACGCCUGCAAGCGUAUCUCUGACGCCGGCUACUCGUUCCAGAAGCGUCUCGAAGACGGCCGUAUGCGUUCCAUCGCUUUCGCUCUUGACCCCGACAACUACUGGGUCGAGAUCAUCUCCCAGAACCCCGUCAGCGAGACCGAGGGCAAGAAGUCAGACGUGGCCACAUACCGCAUGAACCACACCAUGAUCAGAGUCAAGGACGCCGAAAAGUCGCUCAGGUUCUACCAAGAAGUCAUGGGCAUGACCCUGCAGCGCACCUCGGAGCAGAAGGAGGCUGGCUUCACUCUUUACUUCCUCAGCUACGGUCCCAAGGCCCCUGAGCAGUCUGCAAACGGUGUCAACCCUAUCGCUGACCGUGAGGGUAUCCUCGAGCUCACAUGGAACCACGGCUCCGAGAGCGACGACAGUGUCAAGUACCACAAUGGCAACGAUGAGCCACAAGGNAUGUACGUUCCCAGCUAUGGUUUCCAUCUCCAUACCUGGGCCUAUACUGACAUGCUCCCAGUCGGCCACACCUGCGUCUCUGUCGACGACUUGGAUGCUGCCUGCAAGCGCUUCGAGGACAUGAACGUCUCAUGGAAAAAGCGUUUGACAGACGGUAGAAUGAAGAACGUUGCCUUCAUCCUCGACCCCGACAACUAUUGGAUCGAGGUUAUCCAGAACGAGAAGCUCAAGAACAGAGCCAACUGGUAA